AAGAAGAAAAAACAUAUAAAAUACAAUGGUUCGCGUCAGCAAUGCCGUCAUCGGCAUCCUCAACUCCCUCACCCUCCUCCUCUCGGUGGCGGCGAUCGGGGUGGCGGUGUGGAUCGAGUUCAACCCCGGCGCCACCCUGUGUCAACGGGUCCUCCUGAAGCCGCUGGUCGUCCUCGGGAUCUCCCUCCUCGCCGUGUCCGUCUUCGGGCUGAUCGGCUCGUGCUUCCGCGUCUCUUUCGUAUUGUACGUGUACCUCACCGUCAUGUUCCUCCUCAUCCUCGGGGUCGCCGGAUUCUUGGUUUUCGCCAUCGUGGUCACGAAUAAGGGCGUGGGGUCCGCCCUCUCCGGGAAGGGGUACAAGGGGGCCAGGCUCGGGGACUAUUCGCAUUGGUUGCAGAAGUAUGUGGUGAAUGCGGAGAAUUGGGACGAGAUUAAGAGCUGUUUGGUUGACGUCAAGUUUUGCCAGCAUCUCAACGACGAUCAGGUGAAAGCGGUCGAUUUUUACAAACACGGCCUCUCUGCAACUCAGUCGGGUUGUUGCAAGCCACCGAUAUACUGCGGGUUCGUGUUCGAGAACGCGACGAGCUGGAGGAUGCCGAAGGGGGGGCCCGCGGUGCCGGACGAGGACUGCAAGAAGUGGAGCAACGACGAGACGCAGAUGUGCUUCAACUGCGACUCGUGCAAGACAAUGGUGCUGGAGAACACCCGCAAGGAGUGGAAGAACCUGGCCAUCCUCAACUUCUGCACCCUCGUCUUCGUUGUCUUCGUCUACUCCGUCGGCUGCUGCGCUCUGAGGAACAACAACAAAAGUCGAGGAUACAACAAGUAUAGAGGCUACCCAUGAAUUAUUGAAUUUUAAUUUAUAUAUGGACGUGACAAUGCUGGUAUACAUAUAUGUGUGUGUGUGUGUUUAUGAAUUGCUUGGUUCAUUUGAAUUGUGGUUUGUUAAUAUAUGGCUUAACUGAUC